UCUACUAGGUUGAUUGUUUGGCAGUAUGUUAACUUGAAAUAUGACGUGUAAAUGUAACAUCUUGCAUAUCAGGAAAUUUCCUCACCUAGAAUUUUUAUAUUCACUAGAGUUAACUCAAGUAACUGAGAAUCUACCAUACCAGCGAGUGUCAUUCUGAAAUUUAAUUUUCUAGCGCGGCUGACGGUACGACUUGUCGUUAGGGCGUGGCUUCAGGGGCCCUGAGAUAUUUCGACACUAUCAUAAGCGAAAAGAAAUUUUCAUUAUCCAUUCCCGCCACGACCUCCGUCUUCUUCCGUCGCCGGCUGGCAACUCUACUCCAUUUGCCGGGCAUUAUGCAUCUCUACUUACUUUCUUCCCGCGUCUCUUUCUCUCCGCCCGUCUUCUGCCAUGCAUCUUCUUCCGCCACCCUCCCCUUCCCCGCCCCGGCAACCGCUAAACCCCUCCCUCCGCCGACGUCGCGGCCGGCGAAGAGCCUCAAAUUAGAAGCUGCAAUUCCUCCGUCGAACAGCAAGUGCGCUCUCGAGUGCCCUCAUUUCCAAUCAUGCUCAGGCUGCACUCACGAGCUCGACCUCGAUCGUCCCUCCGUGGUUGAGGAGGCGGCUGAGUUCUUCAGCAAACUCGGAGUCUCGGAUUUCACUUUCGAUAGUUCUAGACUUUGGGAAUGGAGGUGUCGAGCGAAGCUUGCCGUCCGGGGUUCGUCGGCGACCCCUUUGAUUGGACUGUACGAGGAGGGGACUCAUAACGUGGUCGACAUUCCCGAUUGCAAAGCUCAUCAUCCAAGAAUCAAUGCUGCUGUUGAACUGUUGAGAAAAGGUAUCACUGCAUUGAGGAUUCUGCCUUAUGAUGAAGAUCAGGGAACCGGUGACUUGCGAUAUGUGCAGAUGGCCGUUACCACUCACAACACAUCACUUCCUGUCUCAGAUAGAUAUAAAAAUGGUAAAGUACAGGUUUCUCUAGUUUGGAAUACAAGAAAUGAGACCUCUCCUAGUUCUGAAAAGUUAACUGCCUUGGCUCAGUUCUUGUGGAGAAAUGGAGGACCAAGGAGCAACGAAAAUAUCAUCCACUCUGUCUGGGCUAAUUUCCAGACAUCGUCUAACAAUAUUAUCUUCGGGAAUAGGUGGAGACAUCUUUUAGGAGAAAUGGAUUUGUGGGAGCAUGUUGGAGGUAUUGAUGUAUCCUUGGCUCCAUCUAGCUUUGGCCAAGCCAAUACACGCGCUUUUGAUUCCUUGCUGUGGAAGUUACAAAAAUAUGUACCUCGAAGAUCAUCAGUUGCUGACUUGUAUGCUGGAGCUGGAGUAAUUGGGUUGUCAGUUGCCGCCAGUAGAAAAUGCAGAUCUGUCAAGUGCAUCGAAGUUAAUAAAGAGUCGAAAUUGUCCUUUGAGAAGACUGUUGAACGCCUUCCAAAGUCCUUAGAUGGCAGCAUCAGCUGGCACCAAGCAGACACUUCUGAUGAACCUCUUUCUUGGCUCAUGGGGUCUGAAGUAGUCAUUGUUGAUCCACCAAGGAAGGGACUGGAUGCAUCUCUUGUUGAUGCAUUGAAGACUAUAUCCUUCCGGAAUCUUAAACCAAUGUCAUCAACUGAUGGCUCUCAAGUCAAAGAUGAAAAAAGACCAUGGGUCUUACGUGCCAGAGAAUCUUCAGUUUAUGUUAGGAGUUCAACAACAUCGGAUGGACCCCUAGUUCUCCCUCAAACACUAAUCUAUAUAAGCUGUGGUUGGGAGAGCUUCAAAGAGGAUUGCAAAGCGCUGUUGUCUACGAACAAAUGGCGGUUGGAACACGCACAUGGUUUUAAUUUCUUUCCUGGAACUCAGAGCAUAGAGGUUCUGGCUGUCUUUCAGAGAGGCAAAGUAGCUAACCUCAAGAAAAAGAAACUAGGAAAGAAGAAAAAACGCUCAUGAGCAUCUUGGAAAAUUGGUGUUACAUAUCAGGAAUCUUCACUGAUCCCAAAUGGGGACUAGAAGAUGAGCUAAGGAAGUAAUGCAGAAUUUUCAACUGAUCAAGAAGAGCUCAAGAUGCGUGUAACAAGCAUACUUCUGAGAUACCUCUGUAUCCGCGAAUGUAGCAGAUCACAGAAGCCAUUUUGUUGUGUUUGCUAUUUUCUACACGAAAAUAAUGAUGUCUUUGAGUUUAUCAUAUCAAACUGAGAUGCCUAUGGGAUUCUGGCACCAUCUUGUACUGUUGAUG